GUAAGUUGGGGUGUAGUAACAGACGGCAAUAACUCAUAUCAUACACAGAUGCCACAUCAUCAAAAAAGACAGCAGCAGAUCAAGGCGAUGAAGACGAAGAUGAGACUACGGGAUCAGAAAGCGAGACAGAUACAUCAAGUGAUACAAGCGACACAAAUAGUAUUGGUAGUAUAGAAGGCAUUGAAACCGAGGAAGAUGAAAAUGAAGAGGAUCAAAUACCUUUACCAGAGUCUGAGCAAAUGAAAGAGGAAAACAAAAAGAAAGAGUUGACGGAAUCUGAUGAUGAAUACGAAAUUCCUUUACCACCUGGUCCACCUCCAUCUAAGCCAUUUGCUUCACAAGUUCCACCACAGGCGUAUGGAGGCAGGGUGCCACCACCACCUCCACCAUUGCCUCCAAAUUAUCAACAACUACAACAACAACAACAGCCGUAUAUGGCAUAUCCACAAUAUUAUUAUCCACAGCCUCAUUAUCCACAACCACAGCAUCCACAAUAUCAAGCAGCACCCGUGACAUAUUCAUCAUCACCCGUGAAAUAUGAUUCACAAGUCAAAGAAUCGAGUGAAGCAAAGGAGCAACCGAAGAAGCCGGUUGUAGCAACUAUAUCGGCUGAACCACAAUUAAGAGACCUUCAAAAGGAGCUGUUGGGAUUUGUACCAGUGUCUGUUCGUCGUAAGCAAGUAAAGACCAAUAAAAAUGCAUAACAAUAUAAACAUUGCAUAAUUUGUGCAACAGUCCAGAAUGAAAUAGUUUUCUAAAGUCCAGGAAAUAAAAUGAAACACACAGUCUCUUUUAUUGCUAUUUUUUGUUUCUAUGACUAUAUGAUGAUAUUAUUUACAAAUGAAUAAUGCAUGACUUUUGACAAUAGUUGUCUUUAAGGGAUAGUAUUCUAAUUGUAAUGGUGAGGUAAUGAUAAGAUCGUCUGUAUCAGCGGGUUCAUCAUCGGAACUGCUACUACCACUGUCACUGUUGCAGCUUAUUGUUUUACCAGUGUACGCUUUAGAGACAAUGUCUAAUCGAUAAUCACGGCAACGGUUGUUGUCCCAAUAUUCUUUGCCAUUCACGAGGUACUGAAGGGCCAAGGAUAUGUGGUGUGCAGUAUUGACGACGAGAUCGAUUCUGAAUAUGAAUC